UCAUCAUUUGUUUAUUAUCAUAUUGAACAUUAUUAACAUUUUUUGAAAUAUAAUACAAUGGAGUUUACUAAACGGAUUAGAAAAAGUGGUAUGCUAUACAGGCAUAGGGAUAAAUUACAAAAAACAAAUGGAAACUUGGCGAAUGUUGUGGUUAGUUCAUCGACAUCAUCUAAUGACUGCCUUGGCGAAUUUGUACCCAAAAAUACACAUUCGGAUGAUGAUGCUGCAGCGCUUUCAGAUGGUGGUGGAUUCCUCAAUGAAAGUCACGAUUGCUCUAGCGUUUGCUUCAGUGACGAGUGCGAUAUUAUCAAUGCUGCUGAUACUGAGAAUUGUAAUGAAGAAAAUAGUAGUUCAAUAUUUCAACAGAUGGCAUUCGAUGAAUGUGUUAAAUAUUGGGCUUUAGCUACAAAUCAGAUACACCAUUCUGUAGAAAUGAUGCUUGAAAUUCUUAGGGAAAAGACUGGGCAAAAAUUUCCCAAGGACCCAAGGACGCUCUUGAAAACACCAAGAACAGCAACAAAUAUUACAAAUAUUGAAGGAGGACAAUAUUGGUACAACGGUUUGCAGAAGUGUAUCAUCAAUAAUUUCAGUUUCAGGGACGACGAAAUUGAUGUGGAAACUAUUUCUAUUAAUAUUUCUAUCGAUGGCUUACCCUUACAUAAGAGUUCGUCCACGCAAUUUUGGCCAAUACUCGCAAAUAUACAUGAACUUCCUGACUUUCCUGUCAUGACUGUAGCGAUUUUCUGUGGCCCCAAAAAGCCAGGAAAUCUGGAUGAAUUUUUAGGACCCUUAAUCACUGAACUAAAUUCAUUAAUGGCCAAUGGAGUUUUUGUAAAGUCCAGAAAGAUAGGAGUAAAAAUACGAGCAAUAAUAGCAGACUCACCAGCCAGAGCAUUUAUAAAAGGUGUUGCUUAUUUCAACGCGAAGAAUGGGUGUUUGAAGUGUAAAUGUGUUGGAGUAUUUAACCACGAUUCGAAUACAGUUGUGUUUAGAGGCAUUAACGCUCCUCUCCGAACAGACAAGGAAUUUAGAGAAGCAUCCCAGACCGCACAUCAUAAAAUCUUGACACCUCUACUGCUACUGGAUAAUUUCGACAUGAUACAGAAUGUUAUUAUCGCAGACGUACUGCAUUUGAUAUACUUGGGUAUUAUGCGAAAAUUACUGUUUGGGUGGAGAGAUGGUACCUUAGAUUCAACAGCAAACUACGUAGCUCUUCAACGCGCACAUCACCGGCAAGCUUCAGCCGAGAAACACUAG